GUCUGACGAAGAUCCGCGCGGGGAUACGAACACUCCGGCGGCUUCUAAUUAAAGACCCGAGCCGGGCCCUCGGGGACCCGCCUGACGUCGGCAGCCGCGGGGAUAAGAGGCGCCCCGAGGUCCGAGGCCGGACUCCGCCAGCCCGCACCCCAAGCCACCGCGAGUUCCGCGCCCGCAGCUCGGAGGCUCCGCGUCCCCUCCCCGCGCGUCCAGUGCGCCCCGCGGCCGGGCGCCGCCGGGCAUGGAAUAGGGAUCCGGGCGCCAGCUCCGGGGCGCGGGGACUGACGCCGGAGGACGCGCACGGCUGCGGGGCGCGGGGACGGGCGACCCGGCCGGGUUCCUGCGCGCAGGUGGCCUCGCGGCUGGCGCCGGGCAGCGAGCCGAGCUCCGGGAGCGAACCGACCCCACCCGGCCCGGCCGAGCGCAGAAUGCACGGACCCGGGCGCCCCCUCCUGCUGGGGCUGCUGCUCGUGCUGGGGGCGGCGGGGCCCGGCAGGGGCGGCGCGGAGCGCCGGGAGGCCGCGGACCGACAGACGCUGCUGCGGCUCAUCGUGGAGAUCGUCCAGGAGCUCAGGAAGUACCACUCGGGGGAGUCCAAGAGGCUGCAGCUCUCGGGCCGGCAGGACUACAUCCUGGACCGCAGGGAGGUCGCCGACUACGCCUACCCCGAGGAGCAGAGAGUGGAAAUUGUCCCUCGAGAUCUAAGGAUGAAAGACAAGUUUUUAAAACAUCUUACAGGUCCUCUGUAUUUCAGCCCAAAGUGCAGCAAACACUUCCACAGACUUUACCACAACACCCGAGACUGCACCAUCCCCGCAUACUACAAGAGGUGUGCCCGGCUUCUUACUCGGCUGGCAGUCAGCCCAAUGUGCAUGGAGGGAUAAGUGAGCAGAGCCGUGCAGCAGCCCGGGACCCAUGAGAAGUGCCUUGGAGACCAACAGGACAGAACCCACUGCCUUCUGAACACACCCCGUGAACAGAGAUUUAUUUUUGCAGACAGACUCUUCCAUAAUUCCUUUGAGUUUCGUAUGUUGCUGACACCAUAUGUGGACACAUUCAGUAAAUUUGUGUGCCUGACAGCAAUGCUUGCCACUCAUCAUUUUAGACAACAGGACUGCAUUUGAUGUGUCAUGCUGUGAAAUGGCAGAGAGAGAUCUUUUUUCCUGAUUAGGUGACAUCACAGAUAUUUCUUUAGAAACAUAAGCAGAGUCAGCAGAAUCUAAAAAUAUAUUUUCAUAUAGCAUAUGGUAUUAAUAUUUUAUUAUUUUUACAAUUAAAUUCCCAGAGUAUUAUUUGGAGCUGCAUGGAAAAAAAAAAAAAAGAACUUCAGUGUGGAGACAUCUGUGUACAUGCUCAGGCUAAUUUCAUUUGUCCUUUUGUAAAAUAAAUGUAAAAUAGUAUGCAGAUACUGUGCAAUAUGUAAAUACUGUAAAUAAAACACAAGUAAUAAAUGAAGUGUUUGUUACAGUGAA